GCUUUAGAGUAUCUCUACGCAUAAUCAGAGAGAAAAGAAGAUCUGUGGAUAUAAGCAUUGAGCUGGAAACAAGAAGAGCUGAGAUAGGUAGAGUUAUUUCAGGUCUAUUCAUAAUUGAAGGAUACAGAGUGGGUAAACAGUGUGGUGAUGAUGGAUUGGGUCAAGACUGUGUGUUUAGUGCUCUGGGUUUUCACAUUCAACUCAGUAGCAGAUGAUUUUAAAGAGCAAGCCCUGAAACUGAUGGCUGACACUCCACUUAUAGAUGGACACAAUGACCUUCCCUGGCAGAUGAGGAGCUUGUUUAAUAAUCAGCUCAGCAUGGUGAACUUGAACAAACUAAACACCACACACACCAAUAUCCCAAAAAUCAAAGAAGGGCGUCUCUCAGCACAGUUCUGGGCAGCUUAUGUGCCAUGUGAUACCCAGUACAAAGACGCAGUCAGACAGACCUUGGAGCAGAUUGAUGUAAUCCACCGGAUGUGCCAUGAAUACCCAGAAGUGUUCAAAUUUGCUGCUAGCAGUCAAGAUAUAUUGGAUGCCUUUGAACAGAAUAAGACAGCGAGUCUGAUUGGUGUAGAAGGUGGACAUUCGAUUGACAGCAGUUUGGGUACUCUGCGCACUAUGUACCAACUUGGAGUCCGCUACCUCACUAUCACACAUAGCUGCAACACACCAUGGGCAGACAACUGGCUGGUGGAUACAGGAUCUGAGCCUGAAGUGCAUGGCGGUUUGUCUGAGUUUGGCAAGCAAGUGAUCUUGGAAAUGAACCGCAUUGGAAUGCUGAUUGACCUGUCUCAUGUAUCAGAGAAAGUCAUGAAUCAGGUGCUGGAUAUCUCUGAAGCUCCUGUUAUCUUCAGCCACUCCUCUGCCUACAGCAUCUGUAAGCACAAGAGAAAUGUCCCUGAUGAUGUUCUCUUGAGAGUGAAACAAAAGAGAGGGAUUGUCAUGGUUAAUUUUUAUAAUGACUACGUAACCUGCAGUCAAACUGCUAACAUCUCAGAUGUUGCUGAUCACUUUGACCAUAUCAAGAAAGUGGCUGGCUCUAGUAUCAUUGGAUUUGGAGGAGAUUAUGAUGGUGUGCCAAGGGUGCCAGAAGGUCUAGAGGAUGUAUCAAAGUACCCAGACCUGGUGGCCGAACUUCUUAGGCGCAAAUGGUCAGAGGAUGAGAUCAGAGAUGCUCUGGGACGAAACCUGCUGAGAGUGUUCAGGGAGGUGGAGGAAGUAAGAGAUCGCCAAAAGGGUACCAAACCAGAUGAUAUACCCAUCCCUCUUAAAGAAGUUCAAAAUCCCUGCAGGACAGACUUCGGUUACGAAGAUAAAUCCAGUUCAACAUGCAUAAAAUCUUUCUAUCCACUAGUCUUGGUUCUGUCACUACUGAGCAAGUUAUUAUAGUUGACUGUAUACUCUUGUAGUACUGUUUUUGGAGUAUGCAAAGGAUCUCUGAUAAAGAGUUAACCAAUAGAUAAAUUCUGUAGGGGAAAAUUUGAGAUAGAUUAGUUUAGAGCAAGUGUUUUUAAGAAAUGUAGACUAAAAACGAAAAUCAAUUGGAUAUGUAAUUAUUUGAAAAUCGCCACUUUUCUGUUCCGUGCCAUACAAGUAAAACGUGUGAAAAGCUAUUUAUUAUUAUUACAUAAUAUUAUAAAAAAAAUAAAAAUAAAAACUCUUCAAAGGGGAGAAUAGCCAUUAUGCAAUGACUGAAAAAGCAAACUGAAAACAUCAGUUUUUGUACCCUUUUGCUAUAUUUGUCCUGUUAGAUUUAAUGGUUUUCUAUUGAUUCAUUAGAGGUGAAAACCAGCCAAUUAUAGUCAGCUUUAUUUAAAUGAUGAUACUGACCACUCUGUAUGACUUGAAUU